GACGCAGGGGCGGCGGCGCCAAGGUGACAAGCUGCGCACCUGGAAAGUUACCCGGCUGUCUGGUCCUUGAGCAAAAUGGGAAAUGGUUCAGUGAAACCCAAACAUUCUAAGCAUCCAGAUGGCCACUCCGGGAACCUCACCACCCAUGCGCUGCGGAGCAAGGUGACAGAGCUGGAGAGGGAGCUGAGGAGGAAGGAUGCUGAGAUCCAGGAGCGGGAAUACCAUUUGAAGGAGCUGCGGGAACAGCUGUCGAAGCAGACCGUGGCCAUUGCUGAGCUCACGGAGGAGCUCCAGAGCAAGUGCAUCCAGCUGAACAAGCUUCAGGAUGUGGUGCAUAUGCAGGGAGGGAGCCCGCUUCAGGCCUCUCCAGAUAAAGUGCCUCUUGAGGUCCACCGGAAGGCCUCGGGAUUGGUCUCCCUCCAUAGCAGGAGGGGAGCAAAAGCAGGGGUGUCUGCUGAACCCACCACCCGAACCUAUGACCUCAAUAAACCCCCUGAAUUUUCUUUUGAGAAAGCAAGGGUCAGAAAGGACUCCAGCGAGAAGAAGCUCAUUACAGAUGCCCUUAAUAGAAAUCAGUUUCUGAAGAGACUGGAUCCUCAGCAGAUCAAAGACAUGGUGGAAUGCAUGUAUGGUAGAAACUACCAGCAAGGGAGUUACAUUAUUAAGCAAGGAGAACCAGGAAACCAUAUCUUUGUGCUAGCAGAGGGUCGACUAGAGGUGUUCCAAGGGGAGAGAUUGCUGUCAUCCAUCCCUAUGUGGACCACUUUUGGGGAGCUAGCCAUUUUAUACAACUGUACAAGAACUGCCUCUGUGAAAGCUAUUACCAAUGUUAAAACUUGGGCACUAGAUCGAGAGGUAUUCCAGAAUAUAAUGAGAAGGACAGCUCAAGCUAGAGAUGAACAGUACAGAAACUUCCUCAGAAGUGUAUCCUUGCUGAAGAAUUUACCUGAAGAUAAAUUAACCAAGAUCAUUGACUGCUUGGAAGUGGAAUACUAUGACAAAGGAGAUUACAUUAUUAGAGAGGGCGAGGAAGGAAGUACCUUCUUCAUUUUAGCAAAAGGAAAGGUAAAAGUCACCCAGAGCACAGAGGGCCACGAUCAGCCACAACUGAUAAAAACACUGCAGAAAGGAGAAUACUUUGGAGAAAAAGCUCUUAUCAGUGAGGAUGUCAGAUCAGCUAACAUCAUCGCCGAAGAAAAUGAUGUCGCAUGCCUGGUUAUAGAUCGAGAGACAUUCAACCAAACAGUCGGGACUUUUGAAGAACUCCAAAAAUACCUUGAAGGGUAUGUGGCAAACCUAAACCGUGAUGAUGAGAAAAGACAUGCAAAGAGAUCCAUGUCUAACUGGAAGCUGUCCAAAGCACUCUCUCUGGAGAUGAUUCAGCUGAAGGAGAAGGUGGCCAGAUUUUCCUCAUCAUCCCCAUUCCAGAACCUUGAGAUUAUUGCAACACUGGGCGUUGGUGGGUUCGGAAGAGUUGAGCUUGUUAAAGUGAAAAAUGAGAAUGUGGCUUUUGCUAUGAAGUGUAUAAGGAAGAAGCACAUCGUUGACACUAAGCAACAGGAGCACGUUUACUCAGAAAAGAGGAUUCUAGAAGAGUUGUGUUCUCCCUUCAUCGUGAAAUUAUAUCGUACUUUCAAGGACAAUAAGUAUGUGUACAUGCUUCUGGAGGCCUGCUUAGGUGGGGAGCUAUGGAGUAUAUUAAGGGACAGAGGCAGCUUUGAUGAGCCCACCUCCAAGUUCUGCGUGGCUUGUGUAACAGAAGCAUUUGAUUACCUGCACCGACUAGGUAUUAUCUACAGAGACCUGAAACCAGAAAACUUAAUUCUAGAUGCUGAGGGUUAUCUUAAAUUGGUUGACUUUGGAUUUGCUAAGAAAAUAGGAUCUGGACAGAAAACGUGGACAUUCUGUGGAACGCCAGAGUAUGUAGCUCCUGAAGUCAUUCUCAACAAAGGACAUGACUUCAGUGUGGAUUUUUGGUCCCUGGGAAUUCUAGUGUAUGAGCUCCUCACUGGCAACCCUCCCUUUUCCGGGAUUGACCAAAUGAUGACCUACAAUUUGAUUCUCAAAGGAAUUGAAAAAAUGGAUUUUCCCAGAAAGAUAACAAGAAGGCCUGAGGAUUUGAUUCGCAGGCUUUGCAGGCAAAAUCCAACGGAGAGACUUGGAAAUCUGAAGAAUGGAAUCAAUGACAUUAAGAGACACAGGUGGUUAAAUGGUUUUAAUUGGGAGGGACUGAAAGCGCGGAACCUUCCAUCACCUUUACAAAGAGAGCUCAGUGGACCCACAGACCACAGCUACUUUGACAAGUAUCCCCCUGAAAAGGGUGUGCCUCCAGAUGAACUGUCAGGCUGGGAUAAAGACUUCUGACAGAAGAAAAGAUGAUUACUGGCCGAUACAUACAGAAGAAGAAUUACUUAAUAAAGAUGAAGAAAUGAACCAUCAUAUAAUCCCAAUAAUUCCACUGUUUCCUAGCUGGGUGACCUUGGGAAACUGAGUUCACUACUUUGAGUAGAGCACUAGCUUUCUCACCUGUAGAAGAAGGCAUGGUAAAGUGGUACCUACUUUAGAGGCCUGUUAAAGGCCUUAACAAAGACACCCAAAGAGUACUUUGCUGAUAUCUGUGAAAUAAUCAAUGCUGCAUAGGUGGGAGCUACUGUUACCGUCUCUGGUAGAAUUAAAGGGGACUUAAUAACCAUUUAGUCUUGAACCUAUGUAUCAUUGAUAUCUGUAUGUACAGUUGUUCCAAUUAAAAUCAGUAUUUAUCUUCUUCUUUUAAAUCAUGAAGUAAAGAUGAAGAAUUCUCAC